UAAGGAGCAAGAGAAGUGCUUAUUUUAUGGUCUUCAUCUGAGGUACAUGAGUAGCCUACAAUUCCCUACAAUGACCAGGCUCACAAUCCUUGCAGGCUUAUGCCUGGUGCUGUGCCAUUUUGGUUCAGCAGAACAGCUGGGGUGCUACUUCACCAACUGGUCCCAGUACAGGCCUGGCAUUGCAAAGUAUAUGCCUUCUAAUGUGGACCCUUUUCUCUGUACCCACCUAUUUUAUGCUUUCGCCUCCAUCAACUAUGCCAAUGAGCUUGUCACCAGUGAUUGGAAUGAUGAGGUGUUCUAUAAAUCUUUAAAUGACCUGAAGAACAAGAAUGCAGCUUUGAAGACCCUUUUAGCAGUUGGUGGCUGGAACUUUGGCUCCACACAGUUCUCCAUCAUGGUGUCCACUCCAGCCAACCGUCAAACAUUCAUCCAGUCCUCCAUCUCAUUCCUGAGAACACAUGGAUUUGAUGGUCUGGACCUGGACUGGGAAUACCCUGGUGCCAGGGGAAGCCCACCUGAAGACAAGCAGCGAUUUACACUGUUGUGCAAGGACCUGAAAGAAGCCUUUGCUGCUGAGGCCAGAUCUACUGGACAAUCUACGCUCUUACUUAGUGCAGCUGUGCCUGCUAUCAAAGAAAUCAUUGAUGACGGCUAUGAAAUCAGUGAGAUAGCCAAAUAUCUGGACUUCAUCAAUGUGAUGACCUAUGACUUCCAUGGAAUUUGGGACAGAUUCACAGGACACAACAGCCCUCUGUACAAGGGAGCUCAUGAGCAGGAUUAUCUUGAAUAUUUUAACACAGACUAUGCCAUGAGGUAUUGGAGGGACAAUGGUACCCCUGUGGAGAAACUGAGGAUGGGAUUUGCAGCUUAUGGCCGUACCUUCCAACUCACCACUUCUGCUAAUGGAGCUGGAGCUCCAGCUAGUGGACCUGCCUCUGCUGGACCCUACACAGGUGAAGCUGGAUUCUGGGCCUAUUAUGAGAUUUGUGGCUUCCUUGAAGGAACCAAGAUCCACUGGAUUGAGGAUCAGAGAGUACCCUAUGCAACCAAGGGGGGUGAAUGGGUUGGCUUUGACACCAAAGAGAGCUUUGAAAUCAAGGUCCAAUAUCUAAAAGACCACAAGUUUGGAGGGGCUUUUGUUUGGGCUCUGGAUCUAGAUGACUUUGCUGGCGAGUUCUGUGGACAAGGAAGCCAUCCUCUGAUAGGUCACCUACAUAACCUUCUAAAUAUCUGAGAAGUUUGGAGAAUGAUCAGUCUUCAAUUAUGCAUGCAACUGCCGUACCUGAGUGAAACCAUAAACUCUGCAGCUUUCAAUAGUAAACAUUAAAUUAAUGCUCAAAUAGAUCAGUGCCAACUCACAACAUGGAGACUUGUUUGAUCCUUCUGCCUUUUCCUUAAGCAAACAAUGCAAUAAAACUCAAUUUGUGGUCAGUAUUCAGAAAAUAAUAUAGAACCUUUCAUGUAAACUAAAACAGCAGAUAUGAUAUAACAGAUGAUAUGAUAUAAUAUGUAAAAUGUAAUAUAUGCAAGUUGUAAUGACCUGAUGGGAUGAAAUUUUAGUUUUAGAAAUAAUGUGCUUGUAUAAUCCAUGUAUGUAAUUAGUCUGUUCUGCUUUUUAAACAAUAAAAAACAAAUGCAUGAAAGCAAUAUAAAAAGUUGUUGAAGAGGAAGUGUGCUCAUAAUUUUCAUCACAUUCCACUAGCAUUAAAAAUUUUGGGACACCUUGCUGUACUUUUUACUUUAUGCACAAUAAUAACUUCCAGAAAGUGGAUUUAAAUAUUACAAACUAUUCACCAAAAAGUUUUAUAGAUGUUUGAUUUAAUAUUUCAAGAAUACUGUGAACAAAAUGAAAAAUAAUAUAGCUUAUAAGGAUCUACUUACAUGACUAUUUUUUGUCAAGUUAUCUGCCUUAACAUUUGAUCUCCAUUUUUUGAAUAUGAUGAAUGCUGGACAUUAUUUUUUAUAAAAACUAAAAAAAAAUACUCAUGCUAUGCUAUUGAUGUUUUCUAAGUCAUUUCGAAAUCUUCUACAGUUCUGGUCACCAUUCUGGACAUUUCUUAACAUUUCUUAAAUUUACAGAUUCCCACUAAAGUUCUUUGAAACCUGUAAGGAGUAACACUUGCUACCAAAUUACUUUUAUACAAUUGAAAAAAGCAAGUUCUGUAGAGUGCAUUUUUGUGAGACAGCAUGCUUAAAUUAACUAUGACUGUCAUUUCUUCCUGUCAUUUUAGCUUUCUUCUUAUGCUGAAAUACAUCUGCUUAUGUCAGGUCCAUUCGGAACAGCCGAACACACUCAAACUAAUGGUCUAUGACAAAAUGCAACAAAACUUGAGUGGUGUUUUACUUUUCUCUUCAAAUAAAAUGUCUUCUAUU